CAAAAUCUUCAUCGUGACCGUGAGGAUCAAGAAGAAAGAUGGCUACCAUGAUUGGUGUCGUUGCCGGCCUCAUCGGCGACGGGUUUGACUGGACCCUCCGCAAAGCUGCUGUCGCAAAGACCAUCAUCGCCCACCACCUGACCACGCUGCAGCCUGAAACAGAACUCUCCAAGAACCACCGCCAUCAAGAAGGGCGCGACUUUAUGAACGACAAUAACGCGGCUCAACUUAUCGAGGACCUCCCUGCUCACGCGGGAACGCCGACUCAUCGUUACUCAAACUCCAUGCCUUACCGUGCCAGAUGUGUCCGUGCCUGCAAUUACCUGGAAGCUGACCACGGUAAGCUUCAAAACCUUUCUGAUACUCUUGUCGUACCUCUCUUGAGGGAACUUUACUAUACCUUCUACGACCUUCGUGACUUCAAGCGUAUGGCAUGGGUGCACCACGCGGCCAGACCACACGAAUUAUCCGUCAGUUGGCCCACAAUACAAGAAGACCUGCAAUUUGGCUACCGCAUUGGCAAGAUUUUGAAAGGUAGUCAGAUGGCAUACAAAAUGGAUGCUGCAGUGGAAGACGCCGACUUGAUAAACACGAUCAACGAUCUCAGGCCACCAAAUGCAGCUCCUUUUACGGCGGACGAUUUGCGUAUAGUUGGCACCUUUGAGGACCAGUACGGUUGCAAGCGCGCACGGUGUUUUCUGGCCCACAACGAGGGAAAGUCUCCAAACCCCAAGUUGUAUCUCAUCUUUCAGGGGUCCCCCUCACCUUUUUGGCCCGGCAACUGGCCACUUUGGUGGCGCACUAAUUUUGACGCGGCCGUUGUUACCCUCUGCAAUUGCGAUGACGGCAUGCCAAUCAACGUACACAGCGGCUUUGCAGCUAUGCUAGAAGCUCUCUACAAUGACAUUAAAGAAUGCGUGUGCGAAAAGCUGGGUGACGAGCUUUUUAAGAAGGCAGAAUGGGCUGUCUUUGGUCAUAGUCUUGGAGGGGCUCUUGCCACGCUCUUUGUCACCCGUGCCGCCUACGAUGAGGGAUUUUCUUUCAAUUUGAUGACCGCCUUUCCCUUCUGCCCUGCAGCGCCUUUUUUUGAGCUUGAUGACGCCGCGUUGGCCACGUCUCUUGCUAACAAAAAGGUUCUUGUGACCAACAUCCUCGUCCAGGGUGACAUAGUAAGUAACGAGACUUACUUUCGCCUCGUUGGACCCAAGAACAUGGUCCAGACCAAGCCCUGGAGCUGGCUGCGACUGAACCCAGUGGCUGCUCACAGCUGUGAAGGUCGGGCCAUUGAGGACUACAAGACGAGUUGCAUGAACCCCGACUUUUGGGUCCAGAUGCCCUGA